GGGUGAAAAUACGCCUUUGAAACAAAAAUCUCAAACUCGUUUGACAGCGCACGAGAUACGUGUAUGACCUCAUGAAUUAUUCAUGAAGUGUUAGAAGGAGGCUUGCUCAGGAAGGGUUGCACCAUGUCGGAUCGGGAGCUGAGUGGUGACGAGCAGCAACAGUCGCAAGCUCAAGGAUCUGGUGAGCAGGAACUUGCCACAAGAACUUUACACAUCCAGUCAAAGAGAUUUUACCUGGAUGUUAAACAGAACAGACGAGGUCGCUUUAUCAAAGUGGCUGAGGUUGGUGCUGGUGGCAAGAAGAGUCGUCUGCUACUGGCAAUGUCUUCAGCUGCAGAGUUCCGCGACUAUCUCACGGAGUUCACAGAACAUUAUGCAUCAUUAGGCCCUUCAAACACAGAGAACCCGCCUGAAGAUGGCAAGCUCAAGAGUGAGAUGAUUGUCAAGGACAACAAGAGAUACUACCUUGACCUCAAGGAGAACCAACGAGGCCGAUUCCUCAGGGUUUCACAAACAAUUCCUCGUGGAGGUCCACGGUCGCAAAUAGCGAUCCCUGCCCAGGGCAUGAUUGAGUUCCGUGAUGCACUCACUGAGCUCCUGGAUGAGUACGGUACUGACGAUCAAGGUGAGGAGGAACCUCAGAGUGAGCUGCCAGAGUCUCGGUCUAUGCGAGUAGAAAACAAAAUGUUCUAUUUUGAUGUUGGCUCCAACCGACGAGGAGUGUACAUGCGUGUAUCAGAGGUUGUCCCUGAUCGGAAUUACAUGUCUAGGUCAAGCCCUCAGGUGAGAAACAAUUUCCGCACUGCCAUCACCAUUCCAGAGCGCUCCUGGGCGAGGUUUCGAGACACCCUGUCUGAGUUUGUUGACAAAUCUGGGAAGAAGGAGGGUAGCCAAUAAGCCAACACGGCGCUUGUAGUGGCUACACUCUUCAACAGCUAACCAACCAGUGUGACAGAGGGAAUGUGCUUGGUCAUGUCUGCCGUCAUUGUCAGUGUCCAAGAGACUACUGUACAGGCUAGAGAUCUAGCCAGCACCGGCACACGUCAUGUGUAUGUAUGUCGUUUGUUUGUGGACCUUUCUUACUAAUGAGAGCAGGAGGACUUGCGACAUGAACAGUUUAACAGGGGUCCACAGCACACUAUUUGUUGAUAAUGCAUUCAUAAAGUUUUUUAUGCUGUCAAGAUUGGCUCUAAUUUGGUGUCCACUAGAAGUAAUGUGAAGCAUCAUCAGCAACAACAGCAUCAGCAGCUGCAGCAGCAACAGAGAAAUGGAUAGGUCGGCCGCAGUAUCAACAUAAACGGCAGUGGAAUCACAGUCCGAGAAGAGUUGAGGGCAAUGGGCUGUCUAUUGACCACCAGGACAGGCAGCCAUUCAUCUGAAGAUGGUAGCAAGUGCAACACAAAGACUAUGGCUACUUUCUAACCACCGCUGAAGGUUCAACCUUUGCUUUCAGAAGCCAUAUGACAAUGACAUCCCACGGAAACAACUAACUGUGUUUGACUUUUGGCAAGCCAAGCUGUAACAUAUUGAGUGCCUAGUUGGCAAAAAAGGCUUGCAGCGAGAUCAUUCAUCAUUUGCCUACACUGCCCAUUGACAUGCUCAUGUUUUCAGGUGUGGUUUUUUUAUGUUUGAUACCAAAUCAUCCAUGUUGGACUCAAGGUGAUUAUUAAGCACAUUUCCUUUGUCGCUACCAGGCUGGCAACCAGCUCUGUCUAUCUGUCCGGUCGUUGCAACUUGGACUGGUCAAUGGUGACUGACUUACGAGGAGAGUUAUCUUCCCAUCAUUGUUUGAGUAUAUCUACAGUUAUGUAGUCAUACUUGGUUUUAAAUAGUGUGGUUAUGGACGACAAGGUUUAAUGCUUGUUAUGCUCUUAGCAACCCUGUUACUUUGUUGUUGUUGAACGAUGGAUUGGGAUUUGUAAAUUAUUGUACACAGACAGAAUGAGACUUAAUAUAUGGGAAGCUAUAAACACUUGAUGAUUUGUUGCUAGAACGUGGCGGUUGGCUUGCUGGAUAGAGGCUAUCACAACACUCCCUCUUACUGACUGAACCAUUGCUUUGAUGGGAGCUGUGGCUAAGUAGUGUAAACUCAAGCAUUGGUCAGUUUGUUGACUAUGGGAGGUAUGGAUGGCCGGUCAGCCAGAUACUGAUGUCCGCUGCCAGUGCAUCAGUCAGUGCUUGUUGGAUGUAGCUCUGUUUGGUUGUAUGCUGGCAGCAGAUGUGGAUCUGUCUAUCCGUCCGUCCAUCCAUCCACCUGCUUGCCUGCCUGCCUUCUCGCCUGUCACAGCUGCAGAGCUCAGUCAUCCAUUGUAGGCUGGAUAUAGAUUGGUUGGCACUUUACAUUCAGGUGUUGAUAUUCUUUCACAUGGUUUUGCUAGUGGAUAAUUGGUUGCAAUAUUUAUUGUUGUCAGUGUACAUGGUAUCUGGUAGCAUCCACUAUGUUGAUUGACCCUGUGGACUUUGGUAUGGUCUUGUUCUCGACUACGGUAUGUAUGUAUGUUCCUGUUUUGUUUCUGGCUCGCUUUCUGAAUGCGGUGGCGACGAAAAUGUCCCGAGCAAGGUCCUUGAGGCCGACCUGAUUGGCCUAGCAGAACGUCUAAUGUGGGAGAUCACCCUCAAUAUACUUGUCCGGUGGAAAAAAGUCUUAAAAAAUACCAAAAAAAUGAGAUCAACAUAAGCCUUCAAGGAGAAAGAAUAUAAUAACAUCAUUGAGAACAUGCAUGUAAAUAACCAUUGAUUAUGAAAUUGUGAUACUGAUGAAAAUUAAGCAAUGAAAAUUAAACAGAAAUCACAAGUGGGUCUCAAUCCUCCCCUCUUUUAGCCCCUGCCUGGGGAGUGUCGAUCCCCAUGUCCACUCGCCCACCUACCCCUGACCCACCCCACCCAUCCUAGACAAUGCAUAGGGCCGACAACCUAGUGGCAAGUGGUUAGAUGGGCAAGACAACUGGCUGAAUUGGUUGACAGCUGAAAUAUAACCUGAAACCGUUAUUAGAUACAACAUGGUGCCAGGCACAUAGUGAUGUUGAUUGUUUCUGCUUGAGCAGGGCACCCUGUUGUUGCCUAGUCCUCUCUGUCUCUCCCAGCAUUGCUGAUUAUCUUGCUCAUCCCUCCUCUGCGUCACUCACACAAUCAUGGUAGCUUCCUGUAGGCUCAUUCUGCCAGGAUCAAACAAUGUCCCCAAUAUCCUCAUGUUUUAACUACUAUUAUUUUAACGUUUUGUUUAUCACUAGUUGUAAAUUAAUGUAUUGAUAAUACACAGUAUUUAUGAAACCAGGGAAAUAAAUUGUUUCUCUGUUAUUGCUUAGAGCCUUUCAAGUCUUCGAAUUGAAGAGUUUAUUUAUGUUGAUGUAUUAAUUAUUGCACUUCUAUAGAUAUUAUUAUUCAUUCAAACUCUUAUCAUUGUUCUCGUUAUGUUGCAUGCCUCAAAACAAAAAACAUAUUUUGGGCUUCUUGUUGUUACUACCAACACUGUGACCUUUAGAUUGUUAUACCUUACCUACUGUUAAUGCUCUUACUAAGCUGUGAUUUGUAGCUACCAGGUGUUAAAACUUAUCGCCUGCCUGCCGGCUGGCCUGGACUUGUUUACCAUCUCCUCCCUGAUACAGCUAGUAUACACCAUUUUCCUCAUAUCGCUCAGAAUGUCAACACUAUCCAGUAUUCAUCAUCAAUUGGCUAACCUGCACAAUACCACAUCUUCUUGGUUUUCAGUGUGCUUCCUUUCGUAGUUUGAUGUACAAAUGACUUGCUGAAAGCACUGUAAAUGAUGCGCUGAAGGGCACUGGUUUUUCUUCUGAACAAGGCUGUCAAUUUUUCAUACCAGUUGAUCAAAAGAGUUGUUUCAUUCACCUAAAUUUGCCACUCGGUACAACUGGUUAUGCAACAAAAAAAGCACUGUGAUCUGAUGAGAACUGGUUAGUUGACAUUAUGACUCUUAACCAGAAGGAAUUCACUGGUUCGCCAAAGAAAGGCAUGUACCAGUGUUUUAGCCAUUGGUCCAUUAUAAGAGGCAAACAUGUUGAGCUAGCCUGUUAUCACCUAUUGCCUUUCCCCUGAGCUAGGCUGUAAUACACAAGCAAAACUUUGUUAUACUAUAGCCGGCUAUUUCAUACAUUAGCUUGUACCACCAUGUUCUCUGUUGAGGGGAGAGUCCAAAGAAGCCCAAAGAAGUUAUUUUUUUAGGUAGGUUCUUAGAGGUAUUCAAGGUUGUAAUUGCAGUUUAAAAUGUACAGUACUUUUACUUAACAUGGAAAAGAUGUUCUCAAAUUGUUGUGCAACCAUUAAAUCUAUACUGUUGACAUGA